ACAAUUUUGAGAUUAGAAAAUUAAUCCCCUUCUUAGAUGUUUUUUCAUCGUUUGAUUUUGAUGUAGAACGAGAUGAAAUUAAUGAUGACCUUGACCAAUGUGGGGGUGCACCAAACACAGAAGAGCUUUGCAGCCUAGCUCUAUCAGUGAAAAUUCUGCCAUUAGUAUGUUCACUUGGGAAAGCCCUUCGUCUAAAUGAUGACCUCAUUGUUGGAUUCAUCGAUCUACCCAGUUCGUCAGUACUCCAUAAGAUCGCACGACAGCUCGUAGACAGUUGGUGGAAUAGUUUGAAAGAGGAAGAAAAAGAAGAUAAGUUUGCUAAGCUUCUCUCUGAGUUUCACAUCCAAGAUGUCAAAACAGUGUCCACAGGCCGUGAAGAAAUCUCAAAAGCCAUUGGAUCCAAGACAGACCUACUGGACUUGUGUCAACGCCUAGAUGUUAAACCAUCUGGCGUCUUGCAGAUCAUGAGCGAAUGUGUUACCUUCCCGCCUCACAUGAUUGGCCGUUGUACUCUGAAGAUGCUUAAAGAAUGGGUACAGCAGGGUGGGACUAGGGAGAGGCUUCUGGACGUUGCUCAGGCUUUCCAUUUCAACGAUGCAGCAGUCAAGAUAGCAGAAGCCAUGAAAUACCUACCAAGCUAUAUGCCUUUCAUCUCGCAUGGCAUCAUUGAUCACAGGGGUGGAGAACUGACCCUCGGUGAACUUGGUAUUGUCGUAUCUAUCCCUGGAGGAGCUAUUCCUAAAGGGAUGAGAUCAGUUGUAACUCUUCGCGUCCUAACUCAUGAUACUACUGGGCUUCCUGUACGGGAGGGUGAGGUAGUCAUUACUCCAGUCAUAGAGUGUUCUCUCACUCAAGAACUGAUCAAGCCAGCCACGGUGGAAUUACCACACUGUAUCAAUCACCAUGAACAUAAAGAUGACUCUUCCGUUAUCUUGUAUACAAAAACAGGACCAGUAACUUUCGGUCGUAGGAAUCUGACUCCGCACAUAUCACAAAUCUCAAAAGAUAAGAUCAAGUUUCCUACACGCCAUCUUCAAGCCUGGGCUCUGUCAUCGACCGAUCUUCAAGGACUCCAGUUGAGAUGUGUAGUCUUCAAGCCUCUCUUCAUGACUCCUGCAGAGAAACCAACUCUACGUGUGUACAUACUUCAUCCCUAUAGAUACUAUGUAGAGGGUAUUACGAGGAAGGAGAAGAGUUCUUAUGUACCCUACUGCCAAGUCCUGAAGGAACUCAUGUUCUCUAUAGAGUCAAAAGCAAGCGACCUGAAGAUUUUGUUCGACGACGGGACGAAAAGAAACGAACAAACGAUGGCCAUCAAGAGUAUACUAAGUGGAAAGUGUAGCCCUCUAAAGUUUGAGCUUCAGUUCUCUCCUGAAGAGAAGGGAAAGAAGAACGUCCAGAUCGACAUCCUACAAGGGUCAGCAACACGAGCAGAAAGACAAUACAUCAUUACAAUAGAAGAUGAACCCGAUUAUGCAGUCGAUCACACAGAUUCGCAGGAGCGAUUGCAAUAUGUAUCCAACAAUCUUCUCGAGCUCAUGGCCGAUGUGAUCCAUAAACCAAAGGACUUAAAGUCUCUUGGCUACCAGCUUGGCUUCUCUUCUUCAUCUAUGGAGAAAUACAACGACCAAGCAGACGUAUCCUUUGAUAGUGUCUCAAGGUCAGGCUUUGGAGAGAUGCUACGUGACUGGAGACGGCAGGUUCGACCUAGUGAGCAGGUAGAUGAACUUCAUCUGGCAUUGCAAAAUGCUGGGUUAGGCCAUGCAGCUGAUGUCAUCAUACACGAAGUGAGUAGCAGGAGGCGCUUUGCACAAGUCAGACAAGUAUGGGAGUCAAAGAAGUAG